AAUAUUGAUGAAGAAGAAUAAGCAGAAGACUAAAUUAAUACUCUUGGAGAAAAACAAUCCUAACCCUACUCUAGUAGCAGCAACUACUAGAAAAAAAGAAUCUAGAUUCAACUUGGAAACUAAUAGACAAAGAUGCAUAUGCUCUGUUAAAGAAACUCAGAAGAAAAAGGAAUCUAUCUAUAAUCAAUAA